AUGCCCCCCUCAUCGUUCCCUCACCAACCCACGCAGGCUCAACUGAACCUCGCGGCUUUGGCGGGGUCGUCAUCGCCGCGGACGAUACGAAGUCUCCGGAAGAUCCAGUCUCAUCAGAUCCUCUCAUCGAAACCUUCCAUGUCGGGGCUCCCAUCUCAACCAUCGACCGCGCGCUCCUCUGCCGGUCCAGACGAACUGUCCCAACCCCAGGCUCAGCUUGACUCUCCAGUCCGACUACGGAUGCAUCGUCGAACCAGAUCGAACAGCGAUGCCAGUUCUCGAGACCCUCCUGCCAUAGCUACCCAACGACGACCAGGGAGGAAAACCGGAUCCGGAUUCGGCAUUAAGAGAUCGGUGUUGGAGUCGUUGUUGCGAGAUGGCCCGCAGCAGGGGAAUAUCCAGGAAGGGCUGCAGGAACUAAGGUACUUGAUCUUAUCAACUAGAGUCGAAGCAGAUGCUGAUGGCAUGUCAACGUAUCGAGUCUACUUGUGGCUGGUUCUUCUUGAUAUCCCUCCCGUUUCGACCGACGAAUACCUCUCCCUCAUCCAUCAGGGUCGUUCCCCAGCCUAUACCAAGAUCCGCAACGAUACCUUCCGCACAAUGGCCACCGACCCGCUCUUCAAACGGCGCGUCACCGAAGCCAGUCUAAUCCGACUUCUCAACGCAGUGGCAUGGAAACUACAUGAUGCGAAGAACCGAACCCGACUCAAGCCCCGACCGUCGCUGUCAUCGCGACGACGAGAGAUGGAGCAGCUCAUCAACACCCCCCCAAGCAUAAUGGAAGAGCCCGACCCGAGACAGUCCACGCCCAGCACCACCGGCAGCUACAUCACCACCGACUCCGCCAUCUACGUGCAAGGGAUGAACGUGCUGUGCGCACCCUUCCUCUACGCCGCCCGCAGCGAAGUCGAGGCCUUUGCCCUGUUCCAUUCGUUCAUCACACGCGAAUGUCCGGGCUAUAUCCGGGGGGCCAUGGACGGCGUCCAUCGCGGUCUCCGACUGGUCGACCGAUGUCUCGAGAUCGUCGAGCCCAAACUCGCUGCCUAUCUAUUCUCCAAAGGCCUGCAGGCAGAACUCUACGCCUUCCCAUCCGUCCUGACUUUAUGUGCCUGUACACCUCCUUUACCGGAGGUACUGCAUCUCUGGGACUUUCUCUUUGCCUACGGGCCUCAUUUGAAUAUCCUCUGUAUUGUUGCCCAACUCAUUCGGAUGAGGGACACUCUUCUCGAAAGUCCUAGUCCGAACAAAAUCCUCCGAUCCUUCCCCCCCUUGGACGCCAAAGAGAUAAUCGCCUUAACCGUGCUGAUCGUUCGAAAGAUCCCCGAACCAGUCUAUGCCGAACUAAUCGAGCAUGCCAAAUAG